UCAAAAACUGUCAGUUUGUUGUAUUAAAAUGAGUUUAAUCAUCUGCCAAUAUCAGAACAAAAUGAAAAACAGAGCAAAUCUGUAAGGGGUCAAAUACUUUUUAAAAGACUAAUUUUGAGGUACUGGUGACCUUUAUUUGAUCAUUUGUCUCUGAAAGUGAAAGUAGGCAGACAAAAAGUGUAAAGAGAGGGAAAAACAUGCAUGUUUCCGUGACCGGGACUUGAACCAGCGGCGUUGAGAGUCCAAGCCUCUCUUUACAUGAGCCAUGCGCUGCACCGCUGAGCAGCAGGACAAAUACUUUUUUACACCACUUUAAAAUCUGUUACCUUGUGUUCAGGUCAACUUCACUUAUUUAGGACAUUUCAAAAACGUUACAACGUUGAACAAAGACUUUUACAAGAAUAAGCUGCAUUAGAUAUAAAAAGGUCAAAUAAAAUAAAAUAUAAUAUAAUCAAUGAAAUAAAAAGAGAAAACCUUUUUAGCAGUGAUGACCGCCUUCCAAGAAGCAAGACUUUCAUGUAGCGCUUCAGUGGUCUUCUUCAAUAAUUCUGCAGGAUUUCCUGAUGGCCUGAUCCACCUCCUGUCUGUAUGCAGACUCGUCACUGUCCUGGAUCAGAACAAUAACAGUGGUGUGUUCUGCAAACGUUUCACAGAAGGGUCCACUGAGGUGCAGUCAUUUGACUAGCAGAGGAGUGGGGAGAGAACACACCCCAGGGGGUUGAUGGUGGAUGCACGAAAAAUCUGGAUUACCAUCAGUGUCGGUCGAUGUUUUAACAUAUCGGUAUUGGUCCGAUAAGUACUACUGGGCCGAUAUUAGUCAAUAUUAUUUCUAUCUUGGUGCAGUUUGUGGUCAUGUGACGGUGAUGGUGAUGCAGUGCAGGAUUGUGGGGCGUUUAACUGAAGUGGAAAUGCAAUGUCAGCAGUGUGGUCGUUUUUUCCGAUAUUGAAUUUUCAUAUCAGUGCAUCCCUGAUCCAAAUCAUCAUCACAACUGAUGUGUGUGUGCAAACUUGAGAGCGUUUUGACAAAUGUUCAGACCUCCCAGAAGGAAGUUAAUCUGAAAUAAGGAAAAUAAGAAGACUGGAGAGGAAUCAUUUUUUUGUUCCCCUAAACUUAGUUAACAUCUUUUAAAACUACAAAUUUUCUUUUAGAAAAUAGAAUAUAUACAACAAAAGAGACUGAAGUCAAACAAAGUGUCAGCUACAAGUAUUUUGAUCAUUUCUUCUGAGUACAAUAUGUCCUCAAAACACAAAAGGUAACAGAAAAAAGGGUAGGAGCUAGAAAAGUUUCAGGUCAUCAGUCAAUAUUACCGUCUUUGUACAGAAGGGCUGUUAAUGUUUAAGACACUAAAUGAGUUUAAUGAACCAUUCCAUACUGGAGGAGCUCUAACAAACAAACAUUUAGAAAUGUUAAAUUUGGUACAAACAAGUAGUUUACAGCAAAUUCCAAGUUGUUAUUCUUCAUGAAGACAUCCACUUUAUUGUAUUAUCUGGAAGGGAGAAAAACACACCAAUGGCUUCCUUCAGAGAGACCAUUAAAACGCAGCGCAUUAAAAACAUAAAUGCUCAGUUGUUUCUGUGUUGAUGUUGCAUAUGUAGCAAUUAUUAACUUCUCAUUUCAAUCUGGUUUUAAAGAACUCAUUGGAUUGGUAACUUUUGUGAAGGGGAGUAAUAAUAAACAUCAACAACAAAAUAUGAAUUUGGACCUGAAUACACUGUUCAGAACCGCUUUCAGAGCCGGCUGCUUCGGAGGUUCUGGACGUCUCCUGGAUUGGCCUCAGAGGGGCGCUGUUGUACCGCGGAGCAUAAAUCCAUUGAGAGAAGAAGGAUCUCAGGCUACAACAAUAAUCCAGCUGAAAGGCAGCUCUACGGAGAAAAUCUGAUAAAAAGCGGUUGAUUUGGGAACAAAAUCCCGGUGUCAGGAGUCCAGAGGCAGGAUUAGGAGAAGAAAAGUGGGAAUACUGGUUCCUGGAGGUUAAUCUAGUCGCCAUGUUGUUUGUUUUUCCAGAUGUUUUGAUGCGCAGAGUGUAGCUUGUUUCCUUUACCCCCAGAGCUGUUUCUAUUAUUUUUAUUUUUUUUAUUAUUACAUUUUCUCUUCGUGCGGCUGAGCUCCAGCAGCAGAUAUGGAGAGCCUCUACAAGCGCAAAAUGUUUGCCUCCAUGAGGAAGACCAAGGUGGCCGCCUCCAAGAAGCGCCAGAUCGGCCUUCCCGCGUCCAUCCUGGACGACAGCGAUGAAGGGUCCUUCUCCUCAUCCUCCUCCGGAUCACAGUCCGACUUCCAGAGCUCCUCGGAGGACCGGGACUGGAGUGAGUCCGGGGGGAGCUCCAGCGACGACAGCCGCUCGGUGAGCCGCAGGAAGCGCUCCUUCCUGGGAGGAGAUGACAGCUCCUCUUCCUCCAGCCCAGGAGGGCAGGAGGAAGAGGAGAGCAGGAGCCAGCCGAAGAGGAGCGCACAGCCCAGAAAGAGGAGCAGGCUGCAGAAGCAGGAAGAGUCUGACUCGGAGCAGACGGAGGAGAAGCGGAAGGAGGAGGCGGAGAAGGAGAAGAAGAGGCAGAGACACAACAAGCUGCUGGCGCUGUCCAAGAGGAUGAAGGCUCGGGUCCCCAACAGGAGGAGGAGCCGGGUGAAACAGGGAUCUGAUGAGGAGGAUGAAUCUAAAGUUGUUGAGGAUAAAAACGGUGGUGACCGACAGGGAGAAGAAACGGAGGAAAAGGGAAGAGACGAUAGAACGAAAGAGGAGGAGGAGGAAGAAAAGCAUGAGGAGGAAGAGGAGGAGAAGCAGUAGAGCUGACCUGAAGUCUGAAUGUCGAACCUAAAACUCAAUCUGUUGCUUUGUUCUCUCUGUUUUUCCUCAUGGAUCCAAACUGAAGGAGGUGGACUUUAUGACUUUCGUGGUUGCCAUAGAAACAGAUCCAGAUGAAAGAUGGGGAACAGGAAGUGGAUGUGAAGAGAGUUGGUUCUGAAGUGGUUCGGUGGAUGAUCCGGUCUCCCACUGAUUGUUUCCAGGAGCUGAUCAGAACAAACUGGACCGGUUUAAGUGCAACAAGAACUGCUGAUCCGUUUGGUUUGGAGCUGAAGAUCUCAUCAGGAUCAAGUGGGUGAUGAAUUAACCUGGGUCGGAUUCAGAACAGAUCGGAGAGCAGAGCAGCUCGGUGGGCGGAGCUUCAUCAGUGUUAUCUGAUUCUAAUCAAUGUUAACCUUUACAUAUCAGCUGUGACAGAGGACUACACUACCCAUGAUCCUUCCUGUGAGAGAUCUCCAGCCUCUUGUGGAUAGAACGUGACGCCAGAACUUUGUGGAUUCUGCAGUAUUUCCAGACUUUCAGCACUCUGACCUGUUUAUGAUGCACUUUCCUCUGUUUUGAAUCAGAUUUUCUGGGACUUGUUUGUAUCCAGCUGCUGUUAGAAGAAAACAUCUGAAAUCAUCUGAUCCGAACCCCCAGAUCUGGACUGUGAGUUGGGUUUCCUUUGUUCAGAAGGUUCCUAACUGAGCGAAAGAACGAUCUGUUCUUCUGUGAGCCACCUAAAACUUCUCUGACUGUUAUUAAAGGAACGGAGAUCAUUGGAUCGGAUAAUUCUGUCUGUGGCUCAGCUCUUACUGGUUCACAUGAUCAUUAACCCGACGACAGAAUGACUUUUUCUUUUCUCCUCUGUGAUGUUUUAUGUUCCUUUACACAUAUUUUGGCUCUGAAAAGUUUUCACACCCCUCUUAAAUGUCCAGGUUCUUUUGAUGAUGCAUCGUUUUAAGACUUUUCCCAACAUCUCACCGGCAUUCUGUACAAUUCACCUGAAAAUAGGACAAAUGCUAAACUCAUAAAAUGCUGCAGUGGGUUGAUUGGAGAAAAGAGCUCAACCUUGAACUUAGAUUUAGCUUCAGUGUUCGGUUGGAGACUCUGCAGCAUCAUCCUGCCUUUGUAACUUUGUCCCGCUUCGCCUGCAGAAGUUCUCCGAAUCUCUGAGGUUGGGAGGACAUCUCAUGUCCACAGCCGUCUUCAGGUGACCCCACAGAGCUUCUGUCGGAUUUAGUUGUGGGUUCUGGCUUGGCCCUUUUCCUCCCAUGAUGUCGUUUAGUUGAUUUGGAUGUUUGCUUGUGAUGCAGAAAAAUCAAAUCCUUCUUCAUCUUCAGCACUCUGGCAGACACUUGGAGGUUUCGGGCCAGAACUGGCAUUCAGAACUUUAUCCACCUCAAAAAAAUCUCAGUUUCAUCUGAAGAAAGUUGGUACCUCAGCAUGAUGCUGCCAUCACUGUGUUUUCCUGUGGGUAUGGCGUUCUUUAGUUGUGCUGGGUUGAUUUUUGGGCCAAAGUUACCUUUUGGAAUUGUGUCCCAAAGAUCCAGUUUGGUUUCACCAGACCAGAAGACAUUUUUUCACUGGUUUUGAGGAGAUUUUGGACCAGACCCGAUGUCUGGGUGUCUGUCUGGCAAUCGUUCUACUUUGUGCAGGCACACGGAGAACAGAACAGACGAUUGUCAGAUGUAGAACCUAACCAGAUCUUGGCAGACAGUCCUCCAGCGUUGCUCCCGGUUUCUUGGAAGCCUCAAUUAGCAGUUUUAGUAAUUGAUGACUGGCUUCAUUGCACCAUGAUACAUAGAAAAUCAUGUUGAAGGUCCUCCUGACCCUCUGGAACCUCUCUGCAAACUACAGGAAGGAAAUCCUACCAGAACAUCUGAUCGGUGUUGCAGGUUCAUCAGAUUCGGAUGGCAGGUGUGGACUGGAUCCAGGUGUGCUUCAACAAACAGUUUAAGGCUUAGCACUCAUCUAAGCAGAUUAUUGCAGCUUUUUGUCAUUUUAUUUUUCUCUGGAACUGAUUGGUUGAACUGUGUAGGACAGAGGUCACAUUAAAGGUGAGACGAGUUUUUAAAACAUUUAUUACAGCCUUGAUUUUCACAUCACAAGACAUUUUAACAGAGGUUUGUUGGCUUUGAAGACCUGCCAGAUCUCAGAUCUAGCCUCGGUCAGCUGUGUAAAUGGACCUCAGUGGGAGAAUCUGCAGCUGCUGGCAGAUGAUUGGCUCUCUGUUCUUUGUUUCUCAUGUCUGCUCCAGCAAGUUAAAGACAACUGCAGCAGCAAUUUACAAUUAGUUUCUAAUCAACUAAACUCAGAGUAUUUUUCUGUUGAGUCAGCAGGCUUUCUUUCAGUGUAUCUAAACACGUUUGUACAAACAUUUGGGAUAAUUAAUCUUCAGGAAUAAAGUUCUGGCCCACGCCAUUUGUUUCCUCUUGCAUUGUUAUUUUUUUGUGCAUUACAGUAAUGCUGGCAUGGAAGCUGAGCUCUGCCCUGCACGGUCUGGGUUCAACUUACUUACUGGAGACCAUGGAGGCGAUACUACCCCACCAGUUCUCGAGCCGUUCUUCAACAUAACAAAGUUCUGUUUGACGUGUUGGCAAAAUGGAAACAUGUUGAAAGACUUCAGGAGGAAAUGUUAACAUCAGCGGCUGUUGUCACUUUUUGAAGGUGGAAUACAGAAAUCUAUUACAGUUGAAUAAAUCCGUCUGACCUGAGGUUAAACUGACCUGUUUGAACUUGGAUCAUGUCUCUUUAUUUCCUGCAGUAGUUAAAUGCUCUUCCUCCUCCUUCAUGCUUUAACUUGUUGGGUUCUUCAGUGGGAUAAAAACGUCCCAUCUACAGGAACUUUUCAAAGAACAAAAUCUUUUUUAAAGCUGACAUGUAAAAGUUCUGCUGCUGAUGCAAAGACAACUAACACAGGAUUGAAAGAACUGUUUUAAAGUUCUCAGCCUGGUUCGUGGUACUAACCGGAUCUAAAGGACUUUCAGUGAAAAAUGAACAGGAAAUGUCCUGAUCACACUAGAUCCGGUCCGGUUCUACGUUCUGUAGGUGUUCUGUUUCUGCAGCAGCUCCCACUUCUAAUGCAUCUAAUUUCAUAUCAACAUAAAUAACGUGUGUAAAUACAUCUUAAAUACACUCUGGUACCUUUCUGUUAGUUUUUGCAGCUUUUUCCAGUCACGGCGGUGCGUUCAUGUGCUCAUGUAAAAACUGGACAAAUCAUGUCCCUGAUUCCUCUCUUUUUCUUCUCUGAUGUGUCGGUUUGGUGAUUCUUUGCUGAGCUUUAAUGAAUGAGGUGAGCCUGUCGCUCAGCUGGGAUCCAUGUAUGGAAGCUGUUAGGGACAAACUGAGCUGACUGCUCUGCUAUUUGACUCACUGCAACAGUUUCUACACAGGAUGUAAAUUAAUAUAUUCUCAGUGCUCCGCUCUGGUUUUCAGUGUUUCUGUUGCUGAAUAAAAACCUUCACACUAA